AACACAGCAACCUGCUCUAAGAAGAUAGCCGCUCAGAGUCGCUCUGAUGCUCGGUGCUUUGCAACAAUGUAACAAAGCGUACUUUCAUCCCCUAGCUGCAAAUGUGCUAAGUUUAAAGGAAGCCGAAAUGUUCACCUAGACAUUGUAACGCUUAAUUGUGGACGCAGAUGUAUUUCUACCACCAUGGAUUUCAAAUUAGCCCGCUAAGUAGCUAGCUGGUCGGCAUGCACACAAUGGCUCUCGUUAGAGAGCGAGCGAUAUGGAAUGGUUUGCUGGCUCGAAGACAGCGUUAUCUAGUUAGCUAGCUAACAGUAGCGACUAUUGCUAGCUGGCUAACUAGCUUAUGAGAUCGUCUGCAUUCCAGACUGGAGGUCCUAUCUGUUCACUGCCCGCCAUCUUUUAAAGAAUAGAGUGCAGACACCCAUCUCUGAGAUGGGAUGUGUGGAUGCAGGGGGCCUUAAGGAGCAGACCCCACCACGACACUGCGCCCACUGAUAACUAACCCGGACCCUCCAGACGUCGCCGCAGAGCCCCCUCAGGACAGUCGCGCUCGUCCUGUUCCCCGGACAACAUGUCGGGCGAGGCCCCCGCCGCCCAGACGCCUCCCCCGAUAACCAACCCCCCGCCUCCCGAGGUGACCAACCCCACCAAGCCCGGACGCAAGACCAACCAGUUGCAGUACAUGCAGAAUGUGGUGGUGAAGACUCUGUGGAGGCAUCAGUUCGCCUGGCCCUUCUACACGCCUGUAGAUGCCAUCAAACUGAACCUGCCUGAUUACCACAAAGUGAUCCGGAACCCGAUGGACAUGGGGACGAUUAAGAAACGACUAGAGAGCAAUUACUACUGGACAGCGGGGGAGUGCAUGCAGGACUUCAACACUAUGUUUACCAACUGUUACAUUUAUAAUAAGCCCACGGACGACAUAGUGCUGAUGGCGCAGGCUCUGGAGAAGAUCUUCCUGCAGAAGGUGGCGUCCAUGCCCCAGGAGGAGGUGGAGCUGCUGCCCCCGCCGCCCAAAGGCAAGAGCCGCAAGCCGGGCGCUCCGCCCAGCGCAGAGACCCCGGCUACGGUUGCUACGGGCGUGUCCUCCGGGUCGCCCUCUUCGUCCUCAUCGCCCACUCAGACGUCCCAGACGCCGGUCAUCGCCGCCACGCCCGUCGCCGCCACGCCCGUAGCCGUAGCAACCAUCACCUCCAACAUCCAGGCCACGCCCCCAGCGGCCGCCAUGAUGCCUGUCGUCCCCUCAGCGCAGCCCGUCGUCAAGAAGAAAGGCGUGAAGCGGAAAGCAGACACGACCACGCCCACCACCUGCGCCAUCACGGCCAGCCGAAGCGAGUCGCCUACGGGCGUUGGCACGGUAACGCCGCCCGACGCCAAGCUGGGCAAAGUGGCGUCGGCGGCGCGGCGCGAGAGCACCGGGCGACCCAUCAAGCCGCCGCGGAAGGACCUGGAGGACGGCGACCUGCUGCAGCACGCCAGUAAGCGCGGCAAGCUGACGGAGCAGCUCAAGCACUGCGACGGCAUCCUGCGCGAGAUGCUGUCCAAGAAGCACGCCGCCUACGCCUGGCCCUUCUACAAGCCCGUGGACGCCGAGGCGCUCGAGCUGCAUGACUACCACGACAUCAUCAAGCAGCCCAUGGACCUCAGCAGCGUCAAAAAAAAGAUGGAUGGCCGCGAGUACGUAGACGCCCAGAGCUUUGCUGCAGAUAUCCGGCUAAUGUUCUCAAACUGCUACAAAUAUAACCCACCAGAUCAUGAGGUGGUAGCCAUGGCAAGGAAGCUUCAGGAUGUGUUUGAGAUGCGUUUUGCCAAGAUGCCGGACGAGCCAGCGGAGCCCACGUCUCCGAGCGGUCUGGCGUCGGGGGCGGGGCUGGUCAGCAAGAGCACGGUGAGCAGCGAGAGCAGCGCUGACUCGUCCAGUUCGGACUCGGACUCCGAGGAGGAGCGCGCCACACGCCUGGCCGAGCUGCAGGAACAGGUGGGUGCCCAACAGCAAAUCACUGUGGAGCACCCCAAUGGUAACAGAGCUGGGAAAAAAAACGGGUGUGCCAAACGUUUCCAGCUCAAGGCAGUCCAUGAACAGCUGGCUGCUCUGUCACAGGGUCCCGUGAGCAAACCAAAGAAGAAGAAGGAGAAAAAGGACAAGGACAAGAAGAAGAAGGAGAAGAACAAGCUGAAGGAGGACGACAAGAAGCCCAAGGCGGCCAGCCAGCCGGCCAAGCCCAGCCCGCAGAAGAAGACCGCCACCGCGCGCAAGCCCAACAGUACCUCCUCCGGAUCCAGGCAACCGAAGAAAGGCGGGAAGGGAGGCACGGCCAACUACGAGUCGGACGAGGAGGAGUCGCUGCCCAUGACGUACGAUGAGAAGCGCCAGCUGAGUCUGGACAUCAACCGCCUGCCCGGCGAGAAGCUGGGCCGCGUCGUCCACAUCAUCCAAUCGCGCGAGCCCUCGCUGCGGGACUCCAACCCUGACGAGAUCGAGAUGGAGACCCGAGGCCGCUCAAGCCGUCCCAGCGCUGGCGCCGAGCUCGAGCGCUACGUCAAGUCCUGUUUACAGAAGAAGCAGCGGAAACCCUUACCGGGCAGGGGGAAAAAGAGUGCCAAGUCUAAAGAGGAGCUGGUGCAGGACAAGAAGAGAGAGUUAGAGAAACGGCUACAGGACGUCAGCGGCCAGCUCAACCACAACAGGAAACCGCCCAAACAAGAGAAGGGUGGCGCGGUGGCGAGUGGCGGUCCGUCCCGACUGAGCGCCAGCAGCAGCUCCUCCGACUCCAGCUCCAGUUCCAGCGGCUCCAGCUCCGACAGCAGCGACUCAGACUGAGCUCUCACACACACCCCCGACCCCCCCACCCCGACCUUGUGCGUGUGUGAGUGAGUGAGUGAAUGAAUGUGUGCGCGCGCAUGUGCAGAAUUUGUGUGCAAGGGUGUCCAAGCCUGCAACCCAGGGAGUGAAACCUGUAUGUGUCUGCUUGUUUGUUUGUGUUUGUGUGUGUGCGUGUGUGUGUGUGCGUGCAUCUGCCCGCAACCUCUUAUGUACUUCAGACUACAUUUUCCCCAUGUUUUUUUUUUUUUUUUAAAGAAGUAAUAUGUCGUGUGGUGUCAUGGCUGUUUCAGCAGAGAAGCAGCGUGGCAGCGCCAGGAUAUUUUAAAUGUGUUUAGAGACGUCUCCAUGCACACAGAGCUAAAGAUAUGUAUGAAAAUAUAGCUGACUUAACCAUGUCAGGGUUUAUUUUGCUGGCCCUCAAAGGGAAAAGCCUGGGAUCACCAGAUAAAAAAAAAAAUAUUUUUGAAUUAUUUUAGUUGUAGCGGUGAAAGCAAAACAAAAGAAAAAAACAGAAAAAAAGGUAAAAGAGUUGCUGCUUGUUCAAUAGUUAAAAAACUCACACGUGCAUAUAGUCCAAGAAGCUCCACAUGACUAAGAGCUCUUUAGUUGCAUUUGUGCGAAGUACUCGUCCUGGGAAGCAGCCGACUGGGCCGACGCGCUGCCUGGACGAGCAGACCAACGCGGUGUACGGCAGGGGAGUGUGGGCCUCGCGGCCACGCUCGACCCCACGCCACAUUCCAGCCAGUUAACAGUACAAAGUAACGUUGACUCCCACCAGGCUAAUUCCCAGGUCAUCGCUGGAGUAAAACAAAACAAAGUGACUCUGAGAGCUGUUUUAGCGGCGACCGUUUCAGUAGGAGCGCUGACCCCCCCACCCCUAACCCCUCCUGGACUUGGACUUGGUAGUGCUGGUCAGACGUGGGAGGGGAUGGCCUUUGGCGCGGUCUCUCUCUCGGACUGCCUCUGCAGCAGUAGUGAAGUUACGACCUGUUUCAACACUGAUCUUUGGCAUCUUUUUAUUUUUGAUUUUUUAAACUCCACCGAUUGUAAAACUCUUCCGGUGCUCGUGUCUCAUGUUUGUCAGUAUUUGAUGUAUAAUUUUGUCAAAUCUGUUUCUUUCUUUUUUUUUUGUCAAAAGUAUAUCAUACAUAAUAUACAGUUGUUUUUUUGUUUUUUUCGAUUUUUAUAUAUGGUUUUUCUGGUUAAGUAUCUGAUUUUACAAGUAUGUUGAUGGCGUAUGUAGUUGUUCAAACUGACUUUGUUUGAAAGCCCUUCAUCUCUCCAGUUCAGUAAUGGUACAAUCACAAGAGUGCGAGCUCACUGAGAACCAUCUGUCCAUGAUUUUAGCAGAGCCUUGGUAUGAGUUUAACGGCUCCAGGCCCAAACAGCUGAUUAAUUUUGUGCUUCCUGUACAUGGUAACAAGUGGCUUGUUCCCUUGACGACGAAUCAAAACAUUCACGACAAGAGUGCCAUUUUAAUCGCAGUGGUGUUGCCAUGACUGCUCCAACAUAGACCUGCCGGGCUUCUCAGACUAACAUCACCCUACUCAACAUUUUGUUGAUGGGGUUUGAUCAACUUGGACAUUUGUUCAGUUCUGCAGCUUUCCCUGUUAACACCCUCCCCACGCCCCUCGUUUGGCAUGUACCCUGUCUAGUCAUUUCUCAUACUGAUGAAUGUAGUGAUGUUUCAGUUGCAAGUGUUGCAUUCUCAUUAGAUUAUGCAGAUUUCCAGUGGAUUGCAUUAUCUAGCUCUACACAGUACACAAAACAUUGAAUAAUGUUUUCUUUCUUGAGUUAUCAAUGUGUGUGUUAUUGUUGCCUUAAGUUUCAAUGGUAAGACAUUAAACGUUCUCCAACUGAGCAGAUGGCAUUCUCCUUAGCAGUAAUCAAGACGAGUGAACUCUGCCAGAAUGAUGUUUCUGUGACAUUGGGACAUUUUGAGACCUUUGAAGCUAUUCUGGAUUGGUGUCUUCUGAGUAACACUAUCUAGUCUUCCUUCCUUGCGGCUUCAGGAUGGUUUUUGUUAAGGAUGUUCUGUGUUAACCUGAUGACCACUACUUCAUUUGUGUUUGACCUUACGUCUAAUUAAGAUGAUUAAUCAAAAAAAAAGAUGACAACAAAUGACUGUGAUAUAUACACACAUAUAUCCUACACGUUUUCUAGCCAUGUAUCUUUUGGAAGCCCUGUCUUCUGGAAUAAUAAAGUUGAGUUUUCCUGAGUGGUGGCAGUAGAGUGGACAGACUGAGAUCUAAAUAUAUGCUAUAAAUCUUAAAUGUAUAUUCACCACAUAUUAGUUUGUUUUUAGUCCUGGGUCAAGAUAUAUUAGUUUAUUUUAUAUGAGGAAAAUCAAAAACAAAACCUUUUUGUGUAUUGCAUGCCAAUUUACAAAAUCUUUCUUAAACUUUUUUGAGCUGUUUAUAUUCUGUACAUGUCCGUCUUAAUCUGCAGAUUAAUAGUUCUCCAACUGGUUCUCAUUAUAGAUGUAAGAUGGACAUUUAAGGAGGGGUGGCGGGGCAGACUUAUAGAGCUAAUGUUUGAUGUAAAAGCUAACCUGACAUUUGGACUCACUGAGCCCUCCUGUUUUUCGUAAAUAAACCAAGAAAAAAUACCAA